AUGAGAAUUCCAGUGUCUGGAUGUGACACUCUCAUUUGGCCUUUUAAUAAGAAUGGCAUUUUAAUAGUUAAAUAUGUGUAUAAGCUAUUAGCUAAUGAAUUGCCACAUAAUUCUACACCUAAUCCAUAUUUAGAAUUACAUAAGGCUCUCUGGAAGACUCCUCUUUUGCCAAAAACUCAACUCUUCUUAUGGAAAUGUGUUGAAAACAUUCUUCCCACAGGUAGUAAGCUUUCUAGUUAUAACAGCAACCAUGAAAACAGGUGCAAAUCCUGCAACUCUGGAGCUAUCGAAACUCCAGAGCACAUGAUUCUUCAUUGUAAUUUUGCUAAGAAUGUCUGGUCUAACCUCCCUGCUGUCAGUCAUGUUAUUGCUCAAGACUUGAAUAGUGAUAUUAGCAUUAAGGACUGGAUUUCUAAAUGGCUCUUCGCUAAGAAUCUGUUAGAUAAAUCUCAUAUUGUGUUCACUACAGCUUGGUGCAUUUGGAAAGACAUGUGUUCUAAAGUUUUUGACAACAAGAUUUUGAAUCCUCGGCUCACUGCCAACACUGCUCAUAGUUUGGCAGAUGAGACUGAUAGCUCUCUGGUCACUGCUGUUAUUUCUAAUCCUAAAACUGUUGCUGUUAAUGAGGAUAAUUUUCUUAAUAAUACUCCUCAGAAUAGUUUACUUGUCUUCUGUGAUGCUUCUUUUGACAAGGAUACUAACAACUCUGGUGUUGCCAUUGUGGCAAUGAAUCAUGCAGGUUCUUUCAAGGGCUGUAAACUAGUGUCUGGUGCUGCGGCUAGUCCUGAGGGUUCUGAAAGCUUGGCCAUUCUGGAGGCAGCUAAAUGGAUCCUCUCCAAAAACCACCAAAACAUUUUCUUAAUUAGUGAUGUCAAGAAUGUUAUGGCUUAUAUGAAUAAUAUCAAAGGACAGACUAGCUGGUCCUCUUGCUCUGUUUUAGAUGAUUGUCUAUUUAAAAGAUAUUCACUCCAUUAG